GGUUCUCAUUCCCUGCGUAGCUUUUGCGUGGCACAGAGCGCUGCUCGUAUCGCCUCUGCUAUUUUUUUUCCCCUACGUAGACACACGCACACGCGCGCAUACACACACGCACACACGCACACACGCGCACACGUUCAUUCAGUGUGUAUGCUUCCACACAGUGCUGUACAUCGAAAUUACUCCACGAGCCCCGAGUGAUUCUCGCUGGACUUUCCUUGUCCUGUACACGCGCAUUCGUUCGCACUCGUCAAUUGUUCUUCGUCGUUGGUGUGUGCGCCUCUGCCGAGUUUCAAAACCCGAUAGUGCUCCGAUUUUACGCAAGUACAUUACUACUUUGUCGCGGGUGAAUCAGUGAUUUGCAACGACAUCCAUCUCUGCAUUGUGUGCCUGUGAACUUGUGCAUUGUUCGCUCGAGCAGGAUAUAUUUAUUUUUUGUGAAUAUACCAACCAGUGAUUCUAUAUAUACGCUCAAGUAUAUAUAGCCCAAGAUAUUUCCUAUAGUUUUUUGUAAUUGUUGUGCCAAGUGCAAUAGCGAGAGUUGUUCGCUUCGAUCGAGGAACGGAGUGCGGAACCAAGUUACGCACACCUCGAGCAGCCACGCGUCUUAUCUAAAAGAUAAGAAAGUUACAUUAGUGAAAAACUUGAGCGUCUUAAAGGCCACAGAGAUAACACAGAACUUGAACUACGAUUCUUGAAUCAUAGUAAAACUAAGCUAAAAUGGGUGCCCGACAAAGCAAAAGAUCCGUUGACAUAACUACAACGCCGAAAAAAGAAGGUCUGCCAGCUGAAGCCGGUGCUGCCGGCGAGGCCGUGGAAAAGAUCGAAAAAUUGGGAGUCAUCGAAGAGGUAGCCGCUGCUGACGCUAACGCCAAGCCCACCUCGAAUGGAGUAGCGCCUCACGCCGAAAAAACCGACGACAAGGAGAAAGAUAAGGAUGAAGCUACCGAGAAAGACAAGGACAACGAGAAACCUGAAGAGGCAUCAAUGAAAGAAGAAGCCAAAAAUGAACCAGUUACCGAAGAAGUUGCGGUUUCUGAUACUACGCUCGAAAAUAACGCACCUGAAUUAACGUCUCCAUCCGAACCAACCAGUCCUGCCAGUCCAACUAGCCCAUCUGAUACUCCUAACACCAAGGAAAAGAAAAAGAAGGAGAAAAAGAAGUGGUCAUUCAGAUCAAUCAGCUUCAGCAGAAAAGAUAAGAGCAGGCCAAAAGACACGGCAUCAAAGAACGGAGACGUUGCCAAGGAAGAACCUCUGGCAGAGGUAAGUGAAGCACGAUCUCUGAGAGGAAUUGGUCAGCGACUUCGCGAGCGGUUUUUUAAGGGUGGCGAAGAAGCCGAGGCAGCAGCGGCGGCCGCGACUCCCAGCAGCCCCGAGGAGCCGUCGGUAGUGAACAGCCCGACAGAGGAGAACAAACCAGAAGCCGAAGUAACUCCGGCUGUCGAGGAGAAAAAAGAGGAAGCCAAACUGGUCGAAACUGCAGCCCCUGCCUCAGCUGCUGAAGCCCCUGCCGAGGAAGCAGUUGCUCAAAAGGAGGAGGUCGUCAAGCCCGUAGAGGCUGCCGUGCCAGUCGUUGCUGAACAGAAAGUCGAGGUCAGUGCUGAGUCGGGGGCCGUCGUCGCUGACGAGAGGAAAACCACUGAGGAAACGACUAGCGAGUCACAAGUAGUCCCUCCUUCCCCGAUCAAAGCUCAAACUGACUCUACUACUACUACUACUUCUUCUGAUACCACUACCUCCUCCGCGAAGACGCUGAUAAGUUCGGAAGCCGUUUCCGCCGUAGUCGUUGAAGCACAGCCAGCGCCCGUCAGUCCCCCGUCGACGCCCAUCGACACCCUUGCUAUGCAUCAAACCCCAACCGCUACCGAGUUGGCCGAAGCUCUUGAAGAGCCCGCCGCCGUAGCUGCCGCGGCCGCGCUCGACGGUUCCGCGCCCGCGUCGAUCGCUAAAUCCGAGGCUGCCGUCGACGACGCUGUUACCGUUGCCGUUGUCGAGUCGGUCAAAGUAGAGACCAACGUCGAGCCCGAGGCAUGCCCACGAACGGACGCAUUACCAUCGCCGCCACCACCGAGCGCCGACGAGAUCGAGCCCGUGACCGAACCGCUCGUCGAAGACGACGACGACGACAGCACGCCACCGCCGCUGCCCGAGUCACCGGCUCCCGCCGAAUUGCCCAGCUCUAAAGUAGCCAGCUUUGCAGCUAGCACCAUGUUGCACGACGAAGAAGACGACGAGGAACUGCCACCCCCGCCACCCAUGGUCGAGGAAGCUGAGCUGAUUGACCAAGCUCCCCUCGUCGAGGAAGCUGCCGAGACACCCGCUGUCGAGGCCGUUGUUGCAACUCCAGUCCCAGUAGUCCCCGCGGAAGAUGUACCCGUACAGAAUGGCUUCCACGGCGAGGAGUCGCAAAAAACCACCGCUACCGUCCAAGACGAGGAUGAGGAGGAAGAGGCCCCGUCGACCCCCAUCACGAGUGACGAGGCCAAAUCAGCCGUGCAGCAGCAGGAACUUGAGACGGUCCCAGAGCCACCAAAAACAAAUGGAAUUCCUGAUGAUGCACCCGUAAGCCCACCACCAGCUAUACCUACUGAGAUAGUUCAAUUGGCACCCGCCAUCACCGAGGACGUCGCUUCAGUGAUCAAGGCCAUCGAAGAAAUUGAUAUCAACGAGAAAGCUGUCGCAGCCGCUGUUGAGAGUGCUGGAGUGAAUGAAAUCGUCGCCGAUUCGGUCCACCAAAACAACAUGAAUGAAUAAAUGCCGCUAACCGAACCGUAUUUGGGAAGAAGAAAGUUUUUUCUCUCGUUAAAACCAAAAAAGUAUAUUAUAUAGAUAUGUAUAUUUGGACCAUUCCUUUUACAAAACCGAAAAUGACGUUUUUCGUUACGAGCAACAGUAAAAAAAAUAAUAAAAGUAUAUGGAGGGACGAAGAUGACUACUAUUAAAUACUUAACGUGGUAUCGCAAUAUUGCACACAGAUUUUUUAAAGUAGGCCUAUAUUAAUUGUUCAUAUAUUCAUAAUGGCACUUGACAUCAAGCAAAUGGACUUGACAGAGAAAAAUGAUGUAGUUUUUUCUAUUGCUACUUGGAUUUAUUUGAAAAAAUUGACCAAAAGUUUUAGAUCCAAUAAAAAAGAAUGAUUUGAAUGCAUAUUAUUAAUAGAAGCGCGAAUAAAAAGUUUGAAGAAAAAUAAAUGGUAAUGUAUGACUCGAACGACCACCGUCGAUUUUUUCCGGUUUUGCAAACCGAGAGUCAUUGCCGAUUCAUAAGCUAUUUCGCGAAGCGAGCAUACGAGAAAGAAAGUUUUUAAAUACUGGGCCGUGCCCAGCCGCAGGUUAUAAUGAUAUUUCCCUGCAGAUUGUAGAAAUUUUAAAGUGUCAUUGAUUGUUAUUAAGAUUAAUAUUAAUAAUUAAAAAAGAGCAGCAUCAAAACGAAAGACAUUAAAUCUGCGAUGGACAGAAAACAAAAGUUUAACAUUUUUUUUCCUUCCAUCGCAAAUGUGUCGCUCAUCGUUUUGCACUCUACGAGAAAUACUCAAAUGAAAAUGAUUUUAAAAAAUAAAGAUAAAAAAAUGAUAGAAAGAGAAUGAAAUGGGUUACAGCCUACCGUAAAUACACUAUUAUUGUAUACUGUAGAGAAAAAACUUUGUAGGAGGACGGAAAAAAUAAACUGUGGCGAUAUUUGAUUUAGCUAAGCUUAAAAGUUUUAAAAGUGUAGCGAUGGAUGAAAGGAAAAGUAAGUGCGCAAAUAUUUGUGAAAUUGCGUAAUUUUAAUGAAUGUGAGUGCACGAAAGUAUACGAUUUGAUUAAGAAAGGAAUUCGAUGCGUAAACGGUAGACGUAUGCAGAAAAGAAAAGUAUGCUCGACAAAACGAAAAAUAUGAAGUUGCAAAUGCGGUGAAUGCAAAAUUUGAAAAUAGUUCACUUAAGGACCGGCACAUAAAUAUUGUAUGGUUAUACUCGUUAAGCACUCAUUUUCGAUAAUAUUAAAAAAUUUUUUACGCACAAGAGUUAUAAUAAUGCAACGCUUUUUUGUGAUUUAUUAUUUUCGCUACUUUUGUACGAGUACAAUCAACGAAAAACUAAGACUGCAGGUGCAAACUCUUCCAUGAGAAAAAGAAUGUCAAAAAUUUGAUAAGCCUAAUAUUGCUACGAGUUUAUAAAACAUCAUCAAAUGAAAAAUACACGAUGAUACAAAAAAUGUAUGAGAUACAUGAGUACAAGUAAACUCGAGCAGUGUAAGUGAUAUUUAAUCUAGCGUAGGGAAUGCGUUUGUAUAAAUUCAAUGUCUGUUAAGAAAAUUAAAGAAAAGAAAUAAAAAAUAAAUACGUUACUUUUUACGCACGAGAAAAAGUACAUCUUGAUCUCUUUUUGAUAAUCGGUAUACAUUGCCUAAUAUACAAUCAAAAAAAAACUUGAAACAUAAAGUUCUUAAAAGACUCAACUUUACUACAAUAUCAGCUUUAAAAUAAAAUUUUUCAUAAAACAUUUCUACGUUUAUACAGAUUUCUAGAGUGAAAAGUGAAUACUUGAACUUGGAAAUAUCCUCACCAGAAAAUUUUUACAGGAAAAACGUAGCGUAGAAACCAAUAUUCAAUAAAAAAAAAAUUAGUACAUUGGAGAAACAUGAGAAAAUAUUAAGAGAAGUAAAAUACAUUUAAUCGCACAUGCUCCCUACUCGGAUUGAGAUAAUGCAGAAAAUGAUGAAAUUCUUAGUAAGAGAGCAAAAAAGAACAUAGAAUUGAAGUUACGAGAGAUAACGAGGGAGAGUUUGCGUUCGCAAACGUCCGCAAAAGCGGCAUUGAUUUUAAAUACGAUAUAUUACUAUAAUUACUAAGGUGAGAUAGUGAGAGAAUGUGAGAUAAUGUAUGUUUGAUAAAAGUACGAGAGUAAAAAAGGAUACGAGGAGUUAAAAUUUAAAAACUGUAUAGUAAACUUUAUUCAUAAUGGGAAAUUUAACAUUAUCUGUAAUAAUAUUUACAACGAAAUUUACAUGCCGUUUCCACUAGCGAGGAACGACCGGAAGUUUAGCGACGAGAGCUAACUAUUUUUAUUUGCGCACCUUUCUAUCUUUGCUCUGCCGUACUCGUUAUUGUAUAUCGCUUUUGAAAAUGUUCUUCCACAAUUAUGGCAACACACGUUGACAGUUGAAUUCACUGCAAUUUUUUUCGGCGAACCACUAAGCCUCGAAGAGUGUCUUACUGAAGUAUCGCAAGAUCGCAGUGUUUCUACUAGAGGUUGAUUUUUCACAAGUGACAAGUUGUUCCAGUCGGCAGUUUUUUGAUCAACAGUUAUAAUAGUAAACUAAACUAUUCUACAUUAAUCUAUAACCUAUAAUAAACUGUGAAACAAAUGUA